CUGCUCACAUCACCAGUACCAAUCUUCAUUUUCUAGAUGCCCUCCAUAAAUAUAUGCACACUUAAAUUGUCUUCGAGCGCGAUGAAUUCUGGGAAUCGUAGUUCAGCGGCAUAGUCUGCACAGGCGCAGUAGUCCGUGGAUCCAGAGCUCGGCUCUUUGUUCUUCUGGCGACUGGAAGCUCUGCUUUCUGAAGACUCUGCUUUUUCCCAAGAAAAGAGUCUAGAGGAAGAAGAAGUAAUGACUUCUGGGUUUCUGACAGCCAGGAUGCAGGAAUCUGUGACAUUCAAGGAUGUAGCUGUGGACUUCACCCAGGAGGAGUGGAAGCAACUAGAUCCUGCACAGAGGGACUUAUAUAGGGAUGUGAUGUUGGAGAAUUACAGAAAUUUGGUCUCACUGGGACUUCCAGUUUUUAAGCCUGAUGUGAUUUCCCAGCUGGAGAAAGGAGAAGCCCCAUGGACUCCAGAAGUCCCAAGAAGCACUUGUUCAGGUUCUUUUAGUCAGGAGGCUAAGUGGGAAAACAAAGACUCAACUCCAAAGCCUGGGUUUUGUAUGGGAGAGCCAUCUAAGGAACUUCAACUCCCACAAGACGGGUACUGGGAUUUCAAGUUGGGAUCAUCUUGGGAAUAUGAUGUAAGGUUAGAGGAGGAUACAGACGAUCAGGAAAGACAAUCUAGGCAAGUGAUAUUCAUCCCCAGAAAAGCUUCUAGUAAGGUGAAUGUUAAUGAAGGUAAUACAUAUGGUUUCAGUCUGGGGUCAAUUCUUGAUCCACAACAGCUGUUUGCUACAGGAAAAAGUCUACAUCAAUGUGAUGUGCUUGAAAAAAGCUUCAAACAGUUUUCAGAGCUAAUUAAAUGGAAUAGAAUUUCCUUAGGGAAGAAGCUUUUUAAGUAUAAUAAAUGUAGGAAGCCCACCAGUUACCACUUAGACUUGGUUCAGUAUGAUGGAAUACAUAUUGGAGAGAAACUUUAUGAAUGUCAUGAAUGUGGGAAAGCCUUCAACUGGAUUACACACCUUACUGAACAUCAGAGAAUCCAUGCUGUAGAGAAGCCCUAUAAAUGUAAUGAAUGUGGGAAAGCAUUCAGCAAACACUCCUACCUUAAUCAACAUCAGAAUGUUCAUACUGGAAAGAAACCUCAUAAAUGUAAUGAAUGUGGGAAAAAUUUCAGCCAGAGGGGACACCUCACUGAACAUCAGAGAAUUCAUUCUGGAGAGAAACCUUAUAAGUGUAAUGAAUGUGGAAAAGCCUUUGGCCAGAAGGCACACCUUACUGAGCAUCUGAGAAUUCAUACUGGUGAGAAACCUUAUCAAUGCAAUCAGUGUAGAAAAGCUUUUAGCCAGAACUCAUCUCUCAUUCUACAUCGGAGAAUUCAUACUGGAGAGAGACCUUUUGAGUGUAAUGAAUGUGGAAAAGCCUUCAGCCAGAAGGGACAUCUUACACAACACAGGAGAAUUCACACUGGAGAGAAACUCUUUGAAUGCAAUGAAUGUGGGAAAUCUUUCAGUCAUGGAUCAUCCUUUACUUAUCAUCAGAGAAUUCAUACUGGUGAGAAGCCAUAUGAAUGUAAUGAAUGUGGGAAAGCCUUUAGCCAGAAUUCAUCCCUCACUCUACAUUAUAGAAUUCAUACUGGAGAGAAACCCUUUGAAUGUAAUGAAUGUGGAAAAGCCUUUAGGCAGAGGGGAAAUCUUACUGAACAUAUGAGAACUCAUAUGGGAGGGAAAUCCUUUUAGUGUUCUGAGUGUGAGAAAGCCUUCAGCCACAGAGGUGAUACCUGUGGAGAAUUCACACCUGUGAAGAACCUCAAUGAAAGAUUAAGGGAGGGUCUUCACAUCAGCUGUCAGUCCAUUUGAAACAUCAGAUAAUUCAUACUGAAGAGGGAGCCCUGUGAAUGUUUUGACCAUGGGAAAACCUUUAGGAUCGUUCGUGCUGGAGCUUAACUCCACAUAGGGAUGCUAUAAGGAAAACAUUAUGAAGACUUGACACUUGUUCAGUAGGGGAUGGGGAUUGGAUCUAUGAUUUCAUCUGUAUGAUGAACUCCUCUAUGAUUCAAGUCAGCAGCUCCUCUGCAACUUACAGUCUUUGCUGGUUUCCAAGGGUACUGAAAGGUUAGGUGAUUUGCCUGGGGUCACAAAGCCAGUAUGUAUCUGGGGUGGGACUAGAACCCGGGUCUUCCUGGCUUCAAGGCCAAAACUCAUCUAUACACUACACCACACAGGGAGGGUAAAGAUUUCAUUGUUUUUCACUGUCUGUAUUUGUUGGUCAUCUGAAGGGAAAGAUAACCCUGUCUUUUCUUGUCUCGCUCUCUUCUGUCAGCCACAUCAGUUGUCAUCAGGUGGCUACAGAGUGAUCUAUGGAGAAUACAGCAUGUGUGCUGGUUUAAGGACUGUAGUCAUGCCUAAAUCAUUAUAAUGUUCUUUAGGAGACUGAUUAAACUUUACUAACUUGUUAGAACAAAACAGGAAUAACCUAAGGUGGCUUUCUUGCUUGAGGAGGUAUCUUUGUAUUGGGGGUAUAUGUGUGUGUCUUUGUAUGUGUGCACAUUUGUGUUUGUGUGUGUAUGUAUGGGGAGAAAAUGCUUAGAGACAGCUUAUAGGAGAGUCCCUCUGAGAUGAAAAUGUAUUCUUCCUGAGCCUUAGAUGGGUCCAGUUUAAGCCUGCUGUCUUGCCCUGAAGCAUCUAGUGUCAGAACUGGAAAGGCCUUUAAAUUAGAUCAAUGUUACCUGUACCGACUAAGAAUAGGGCUGAGAACAAGAAAGGAGGUCUUGUGUUCCACUUCCUGAAGGUAGGACAGGUGGAAGUUUCAAGGAGAAAUCGGUGUGAGAGAGAAUCUAUGAACUUUAAGCAUAACUGACUGAGAAUGGGAUCUAUGUUUAGGAGAUUUGUAAUGAUUGUGGGUCUGCAGUUAAUCUCUGGUAUGUUCAAGGCCACUCUAACUAUAUCAAGGCAUAGACAGACGUAUUGGGUUCAGUUUUUGGUGGGCAAGGGACUUUUAUUAGUCACCUGUAUACCUGGUUGUGGUACCUGAUAGACUUCAGUGGGCUUGCAAAUCUGCAGCAGAAGCAAAACCUUAUUAUAGAAUUCUAUCAUGCUACCCACUUGCCUUCCCUCUGAUUUUUCCUUAAGUUCCUCCCUAACUCCACUCCAUAUUCUUUCCACCCACCCAGCCCCAUGUGCCCCAUUGUACCCUUGCACUUUUGGGUCUUGACCUUAGAAGAGGUCCCUAUACCCAAAUAACACUUUUGCUCUAGUUUCCCCUCUUUUUUCUUAUACCCCCCAUAUCCACAGCAGUAGUGGUAAGAAUAACUGAUAUUAAUGUAGUGCUAUAAAAUGUUUAAAGAGCUUUGCACACAUCAUCUCAUAUGAGCCUCACAACACCACCACGAUGGUAGACUCUCUCCCAACAGGCAUAUCCUCAACCCCUAAGCAGUAAUCAAAAUACAAUAAAGCCAUCACAUUAUCCCCUUUGAGUUUACAACUUUUUAAUAAAGCAAGCCAGCAGCAGCAGACAGAACAAUCUGUGGCCUAAUGUAAGAUCUGUUGAACAUCCUGAAAAGUGUUGCCCAGUAAAUAUUGUUUUUCUCCCCCACAGCUUUCACUGUCCUUGUCUGAUUUGAUCUUUAGGUAAAUUUCAGCAGUCCCCAAGAGUGCCGCCCUGUCCUACACAUGGAUUCAUUAGGGAUGUAGAUCGAAUAGCAUCCCUCUGACCACUUGGUGCCAGUGGGAAGAGUCCAAGCAUGAAAUGAAGUAAACAGGAACAGUAUUUGUUAUUAAACUGAGUGGCUACCUUCUGUGAGGAGUCUAGUUCCCCAGAUGAUCCAGAAAUGGAGAUCUUUGGAAGUUAAUGUUACUUGCUUUUUUCCUUAGCACUGGAUUUGAAGUCAGAGGUUUUCUUUGAAUUCCAUCCCUGCUAUUUAUAACCUGUAUGACUUUGAGCAAGAUACUUAACCUCAAUGGGCCUCACCUUCCUCACGUGAAAAAUGAGGGAGUUGGCGAUCAGGGCUCCUUGAACUUUUUCCACUUGGGACCCAUUUUCAUGUAUCAGCAGUGUUCUUUGGUGUUUCAUGGCCUGAGGGCAUGUGCAGUGCAAAGUGAAUGAGCUUUGUGUUCAGAUCCAAGGCUGCAGUGAAGUUGCACAAUGCAGCACAGGCAAGUGCUGCCAGAAACACCUCAGAUUCAUUGUGCAUUUGAUUUUUAAUUAAUUUUUUGUCAUUGCAUAUUCAAAAACCUUUUACCAAAAUUUACCCAAAAAUUUUACCAAAAUUUUUGAGACCCCAUAUGGUGUCUUGACCCACAGUUUAAGAAGUGCUGGCAUAGAUGAUCUUUAAGCUCCCAAUUCUAAAUCCGUGAUUGUAUGAAGCUUUUCAUUUUUAUUCUAUCAGCCCCUCAGGUAAGUUGGAGGAUAGAAAGGCAUUGGGGUCACUGCCUCUCAGCAGACUUCAGCAUAAACCCUUGGAGGGGAAGGAUCCGAAGGGUACUGUUACCAAAUGUCUUUUGUGUCUUCCUGGCAUAGUUCCACCAGCUCAAACCAGGCUCAUGUCUGCCUGCCUAAGGACCCUUGGGGAAUCUUCCCUAAGCCUCACCAUUAUAUAUUCCUCACCUUUCCACCAUAUGGAUACAGUAUGCCUUUCUAAGACAAGAUCUCAUCCAUUGUUAUCCAUCUAUCUACCUGGAGAUGCUUGUGGUACAAUAUCACUACCAUUCCCUUUUUUGAUAAUAUAUUUCCCCUGCUUUUUUGGCUUCUUAAUCUCUGCUUUUUCUCUUUUUCUCAUAUACUUUCCACUUAAUAGUCCUGAUUCCAUUGGGCAUCUUCAUUAUUCUGUUUUUCUUUUCCUUUUCACCUUUAGUUCAUAACUUCUGGAAUUUUUCUUUUUCUUUAGAUUUGAGAAAAAUGACUACCCUCACUACACUAUCUUUAUGAAGAUAGUGACUACUCUAAUUUUAUUUCUAAUUCUUCUUUGGCUUAUAAUUCUUCCGCCACCUGAAACAACUACUGCUACUCAUUCAGCUGCCAUUAAAGUUUAUCCAGCCCUCUUUCCCCAGGAUACAUACUCUCAGACUGUCAAGGAGAUGGGGUCUGAUUCCAUCCCCCCUUCCUUGGAACAAGCCUUUCUCUGCUACAACCAAGUUAGGAUGAUGGGCUUGAUGGUUUCUUCACAUCAGCAUUCCAUUUAGACUUUUGUUAUUGGUGUGUAUUUUCCAAGCUUCUGCUUACUUGGUUGGUAUUCCCCUUACGUUAUGGUUAGCCAAGCCCAAUUUCCUGCUCUGUUAAUUGCUGUCAUUCAGAACCAUUGUAUUUUCUGGUAGAAAUCUCUUUCCCCCUGCUGCUUCUUCCUGACACUGUUUCCUUUCUAGAUCAAUGCAACACCCAUCCCUAUCUAGCCAUUUCUGGUUUUCCCCUCAGCUAUGCCAUUGGUAACCCAGUACCAUUUGACCUGUAUUUCUUAUACACACCUACCAGUAAUUGAAAUCUGACUUUGUUCCGUACACACUAUCCUUGCCGCUCUUUCUAAUCUUGAUCACUCCUCUUUGGGCUACACUGCUCCCCACCAGCCUCCAAACUCACAGUACUAGGAGGAAUGGUUGGCAUGUGAUGCUACCACCGGAUUCACUUUUCUACCAUCAUUCAACCUUUCUUUUUGAACUUCAUUAGAUCCAAUUGUAUGACUGCCUUGCUCAUUGUUACUAUCUACAGAUCUCAUCUCCACACCAUCCUCCCAUUCCUAUCAGUCACUCAGUAAGCCUUUAUUAAGUACUACUGUGUGCCAGGCAGUGUGCUAAGUUCUAGGUAUACAAAGAAUGUCAAAAGUCAGUUCCUGCUCUCAAGGAGCUCACAGUCUAAUGAAGGAGACAACAUGAACACAAUUAUGUACAAACAAGGAUAAAU